AUGACUUCGGAAAACGAUGGGUUCGUACAACCGGCUAUACCAAGGUUUGACGGUCACUAUGACCAUUGGGCGAUGCUCAUGGAAAAUUUCCUUAGAUCAAAGGAAUAUUGGAGCAUAGUGGAGAAUGGGAUUCCUGCAACAGCAGAAGAGGGUGGCCUCUCAGAUGAGCAGAAGAAAGUUGCAGCAGAUCUAAAGGUUAAAAGAGCACAACUGCAGGCUCUUCGAAAGGAUUUUGAAACUCUCCACAUGAAGGUUGGUGAAUCUGUGACUGAUUACUUUGGUCGUACUUUAACCAUUGCUAAUAAGAUGCGGAUUAGUGGUGAGAAAAUGGAUGAUGUAGUUGUGAUUGAGAAAAUCUUGCGGUCCAUGUCUCCCAAGUUUGAUUAUGUAGUUUGCUCGAUUGAAGAAUCGAAUGAUCUUGAUAAGAUGACAAUAGAUGAGUUACAAAGCAGUCUGUUAGUGCAUGAACAAAGAAUGCACAGUCAUGAAGUCGAAGAACAGGCGUUGAAGGUAUCACAUGAAGAGUAUACUGGAGGCAGAGGCAGAGGAAGAGGAGGUUCUGGUUUUAGAGGAAGAGGACGGGGCCGAGGAAGACAGAUAUUUGACAAGUCCAUGAAAGGAUCGAGGGUGCACUAUGCAGAAGCACAUGAUGAGAUGCUUCUCAUGGCCUAUGUUGAAGACAAGAAAGCCUACGAUGAAGAAGCCUGGUUCUUAGACUCUGGAUGCAGUAACCACAUGUGUGGUAAACGUGAAUUGUUCUCACAAUUGAAUGAGGAAUUUCGAGAGUCUGUUAAAUUGGGAAACAAUUCAAGUUUAUCUGUGGUAGGAAAAGGGAAUAUUUGA